AUGGUAGUAGGUGCCAGACACACCGGUUUAUAUGGAGGGACACGACACCGUCCUCUGAAAGGAGACGGAGGGACACGACACCGUCCUCUGAAAGGAGACGGAGGGACACGACACCGUCCUCUGAAAGGAGACGGAGGGACACGACACCGUCCUCUGAAAGGAGAAACACAACACCGUCCUCUGAAAGGAGACGGAGGGACACGACACCGUCCUCUGAAAGGAGACGGAGGGACACGACACCGUCCUCUGAAAGGAGAUGGAGGGACACGACACCGUCCUCUGAAAGGAGAUGGAGGGACACGACACCGUCCUCUGAAAGGAGACGGAGGGACACGACACCGUCCUCUGAAAGGAGGAACACGACACCGUCCUCUGAAAGGAGAUGGAGGAACACGACACCGUCCUCUGAAAGGAGAUGGAGGGACACGACACCGUCCUCUGAAAGGAGAUGGAGGGACACGACACCGUCCUCUGAAAGGAGAUGGAGGGACACGACACCGUCCUCUGAAAGGAGAUGGAGGGACACGACACCGUCCUCUGAAAGGAGAAACACGACACCGUCCUCUGAAAGGAGAUGGAGGGACACGACACCGUCCUCUGAAAGGAGAUGGAGGGACACGACACCGUCCUCUGAAAGGAGAUGGAGGAACACGACACCGUCCUCUGAAAGGAGAUGGAGGGACACGACACCGUCCUCUGAAAGGAGAUGGAGGGACACGACACCGUCCUCUGAAAGGAGAUGGAGGGACACGACACCGUCCUCUGAAAGGUGACGGAGGGACACGACACCGUCCUGUGAAAGGAGAUGGAGGGACACGACACCGUCCUCUGAAAGGAGACGGAGGGACACGACACCGUCCUCUGAAAGGAGAUGGAGGGACACAACACCGUCCUCUGAAAGGAGAUGGAGGGACACGACACCGUCCUCUGAAAGGAGAAACACGACACCGUCCUCUGAAAGGAGAUGGAGGGACACGACACCGUCCUCUGAAAGGAGAUGGAGGGACACGACACCGUCCUCUGAAAGGAGAUGGAGGGACACGACACCGUCCUCUGAAAGGAGACGGAGGGACACGACACCGUCCUCUGAAAGGAGAAACACGACACCGUUCUCUGAAAGGAGACGGAGGGACACGACACCGUCCUCUGAAAGGAGACGGAGGGACACGACACCGUCCUCUGAAAGGAGAUGGAGGGACACGACACCGUCCUCUGAAAGGAGAUGGAGGGACACGACACCGUCCUCUGAAAGGAGACGGAGGGACACGACACCGUCCUCUGAAAGGAGACGGAGGGACACGACACCGUCCUCUGAAAGGAGACGGAGGGACACGACACCGUCCUCUGAAAGGAGACGGAGGGACACGACACCGUCCUCUGAAAGGAGAUGGAGGAACACGACACCGUCCUCUGAAAGGAGACGGAGGAACACGACACCGUCCUCUGAAAGGAGACGGAGGGACACGACACCGUCCUCUGAAAGGAGAUGGAGGGACAUGACACCGUCCUCUGAAAGGAGAUGGAGGGACACGACACCGUCCUCUGAAAGGAGAUGGAGGAACACGACACCGUCCUUUGAAAGGAGAUGGAGGGACAGGACACCGUCCUCUGAAAGGAGAUGGAGGGACACGACACCGUCCUCUGAAAGGAGACGGAGGAACACGACACCGUCCUCUGAAAGGAGAUGGAGGGACACGACACCGUCCUCUGAAAGGAGAUGGAGGGACACGACACCGUCCUCUGAAAGGAGAUGGAGGGACACGACACCGUCCUCUGAAAGGAGAAACACGACACCGUCCUCUGAAAGGAGAAACACGACACCGUCCUCUGAAAGGAGAUGGAGGGACACGACACCGUCCUCUGAAAGGAGACGGAGGGACACGACACCGUCCUCUGAAAGGAGAUGGAGGGACACGACACCGUCCUCUGAAAGGAGAUGGAGGGACACGACACCGUCCUCUGAAAGGAGAUGGAGGGACACGACACCGUCCUCUGAAAGGAGAUGGAGGGACACGACACCGUCCUCUGAAAGGAGAAACACGACACCGUCCUCUGAAAGGAGAUGGAGGGACACGACACCGUCCUCUGAAAGGAGAUGGAGGGACACGACACCGUCCUCUGAAAGGAGAUGGAGGGACACGACACCGUCCUCUGAAAGGAGAUGGAGGGACACGACACCGUCCUCUGAAAGGAGAUGGAGGGACACGACACCGUCCUCUGAAAGGAGAUGGAGGGACACGACACCGUCCUCUGAAAGGAGAUGGAGGGACACGACACCGUCCUCUGAAAGGAGAUGGAGGGACACGACACCGUCCUCUGAAAGGAGAUGGAGGGACACGACACCGUCCUCUGAAAGGAGACGGAGGGACACGACACCGUCCUCUGAAAGGAGAUGGAGGGACACGACACCGUCCUCUGAAAGGAGACGGAGGGACACGACACCGUCCUCUGAAAGGAGAUGGAGGGACACGACACCGUCCUCUGAAAGGAGAUGGAGGGACACGACACCGUCCUCUGAAAGGAGAUGGAGGGACACGACACCGUCCUCUGAAAGGAGAUGGAGGGACACGACACCAUCCUCUGAAAGGAAGGAGAGAACUAAAAGGAGAGGAAGACCAGGAGAGAGGAGUGAAAAUACCUCCAUAUUCUAAUUUAUUCUCCUCUGAGCCCCUACUGAACUCAUUUGGACUAAGUGUGUGUGUGUGUGUGUGUGUGUGUGUGUGUGUGAGCGUGUGGGUUUUCUUCUGUGCCAUGUUUGGAUCUCUGCAGGUUAUCGUGUGAGAGAGACCAGACCUCAGCUAUGCUGGAUCACAACAGGGGUGCGUCACAAUAAUAUCUCCUUUCUCCUGAAGUGUACACUCGUUCACUACUUCCCACAAAUCUAAAAGCAUUGGAUUGGUAGAGCCGUAGUGAGAGUUUCCACCAUGUUUCUGAUACCAGUAAUUUCAUUUUCAACCAGUGACAGGAAGUGAAGACACUGGGAGGAAGGAGAGAUAAUUGGCAUGUACAGUAGCCAGGGAUUGUAUUCAUCUCUCUGUCUAUCCAGUAGAACUCUCUACCCUCCAUGUGCUUUACAUGUGACAGAGUACAAUUCUACAUUUACUAUUUAUUCAAGUUUAUAUUCAUGAAAUAGUUUUUUGUUGUUGUCAAUGACUGAUGUUUACAUUCGGCAUCCUAUUCCCUACAUACUGCCUAUGGGCUCUGGUCAAAAGUAGUGCACUAUGUAGGGAAUAUGAUGCUGUUUUGGAGGCAAUCAUGCUGGGGUUUUUUCACACGGUAGAGAACCUGCUGUCUUGAUUUCCAAAGGCCCUCAACCCCCUGUUGUCAUGACAUCAGACAUGUUGCUCUGUUCAGGUCUACAGAGGCUUCUCUUCCCCUCUCCUCUUGCAUCGAGCCAGUGAGAUGUCUGGUCCCGAGGCACCCUCUCUGCAGGGCGGGGCCAACAAGUAGGCCAGGCUGUCUGGUUUCAACACCCUAAAAGGCCUUUCACUGCUGGGACCAACCGACAUUGCUAACCUUACUUCAAUGAAAUACGUUCUUGUGUGAUGAGCAGCCUCUCUUGGGCUAUAGCUCAGCAGGCUAACACAGUUUUGCAGCGCACAGUCGACCCAAGUUCAAACCCACACUGACCUCAGAAAAAACACUGUUGCUAAGUUACCUCGUGUCCAUGGGAACAAUUCAACUUUUAUUUACAGUUUCAGUCUCAGACAUUUUUAAAAGGUAGACUGAGCUAAAUGACGUUGCCACGAGCAGCACCGCAGAUAUUGAGAUGAGCGAGAUGCUACACUUCUCUCACACCAGUCACACACAGUAUCUGCGCAGGUUCGCUUCACUCUGUUCACAGCCUGAUAGGCAGGAGACCAAAACAGGGGACAAGUUGAGCCUCACGCUUCAACAUUCUUAGUUUGAGCCACUAUGCUGUUUACUUUCUGCAUGUCAUAUUGCUGAGUCUACCUUUAAAUUAAACGUAUUUAAUAAAAUAUUCCACAGAUGUUUUUACGAUGUACAAUACCUAUUUUAGUAUGAAUUAUAUAAAAGUAAAUAAAUAUGUUUUUUUGUAACGUUAGAUGUUUUUGUUUUUUUAAGUACAGUUUAUAACAUUAAGUUAUGGAAAAGUGUCUAACACAAUGGAUGGAGAAAAAGGCUUUGUAUUAGUUCCAAUGGCUCCCUAUUCCCUAUAUAGUACACUACUGUUGACCCGGGCCUAUAGGGCCCUAUUCUCUAUAUAAUACACUACUGUUGACUAGGGCCUAUAGGGCCCUAUUCCCUAUAUAGUACACUACUGUUGACCAGGGCCUAUAGGGCUCUGAUCGAAAGUAGUAUGCUGUAUAGGGAAUCAUUUGGGUCCGCAGCCUCAGUACUACUGUUUUAAAGAGCCUUGUAAGAUGUUGUGAUAACGUUGUGACUGUGUUAUCUGGCCGUUAUGAUAGUGGUGACAUGGCAUCAGCUCAGCGUUGGUUAGCCCCUCUUUCUUUCUCUCAGUAUUGUUUUUGCUCUACGGUCUCUACAUCGCUCUACUCUCCUUUGGUCUUCCUCUCUCUUCCUCCCCCUCUCUUUGCCACCCGCCCUCCCUCUUUGGUCUUCCUCUCUCUUCCUCCCCCUCUCUUUGCCACCCACCCUCCCUCUUUAGUCUUCCUCUCUCUUCCUCCCCCUCCCUCCCUCUUUGGUCUUCCUCUCUCUUCCUCCCCCUCUCUUUGCCACCCACCCUCCCUCUUUCUCCGAUGGGGUAGUGGGCUGUGCCUUAGCUCUUUUCUUGUCUAAGGGCUCUAUUCAAUCCAUAUCGCUGAAGUUCAGCGUUACCGUGUGAUUGAACUGUAAAGGCAAUGUUUGUCAGCUGAGACUGACUUCCUGGUAAACGCUGCACAUGUCAGUUCAAUCAGUAAAAUGACCUUUACAUUUCUACCUGCAAGGCUUCAGACUGACUAGAGCCCUACGGCUGGGAUUCAAUCAAAGACGCAUUCUGUCUGCGGAGGAAGCAUUUGCGGUAAACGCUACGAAUGUCGGCUCAAGCGUAAAUGACCUGUAAAAGUUAAGUGCAGUGAGCUUGUUGACAAGGCGGCCGGAGUUCAUUCUCAACCUUCUGUCUGUGACAAACAAACACUUCUGAUGUUGUUGAUGCCUUCUGGAUUCACUUGUUGGUUUGUGUCUACAUUUUGAAAUAAAUUAAGGAAAUGAGA